AUGGCCACAGGGCGUACGCCAGCCAAGACCAGGCUAGACCUGGAGGACAUAGUGGAGCAGGAGACUCCUCUGUGGGUCCCACCCCCGGGAAUCCCUCCAGACAGACACACAGCAGAGGGACUACUGGAGAAAGUAGUGGAGGUAGAGGCAGAGGAACCAGCCCAAGAGGAUGACUCUGUCUCACUCUCCAUCUCUAUCCACAGUUACACCAGGCCUCUGGUGAAGGACAGGGACCCAAGGGGAGUCAACAAGUGUCUAAAGGUGACGUUUGAGGACGUGAUAGCCGAGCCCCCCUCGGUGCGGAGCUUCGAUAAUGUGUGGCUGUGGAGCCACGCCCUGUUUGAAGUGUCCCGUCUCUGGUGCUACCUGCUCAUCUCCAUCCUCCUGGCCGUGCCCGUCUCUCUGGUAGCAGGGAUCCUCUUCGCUGUCCUCAGCUGCCUACACAUCUGGCUGAUCAUGCCCUGUAUGCAGCUCUUCCUGAUCAACAUGCACUGGGUUCAGACUGUUUCGAGCAGUGUGUUCAACAUCGCCAUCACUCCCUUCUUUAAGAGUAUGGGAAAGUGCUGUGGUAGCAUCAACGUCCGACUAGCCAGGGACUGA